AUGGUAAAAACUUGCUUGGAUUGUCUCCUAAUGUCCAAACCAAGUCGCCCUCCACCAAUGACUAGACAUAAGUUCCCGAACGGGCCGUGGCAACAUAUUGCCAUCGAUUUGAUGAAGGCUGGUCCUAUACCUGAAGAGAUACUGGUUGUGAUUGAUUAUUUUUCGCGCUACCAAGAAAUAAAAUUUCUCAAGUCUUCUACGGCAGCCACCAUUAUCGCGCAUCUACAGGAAAUGUUUUCUCGACUUGGAAUACCGAAUUCGAUACGAGCUGACAACGGGCCCCAGUUCGCAAGUAAGGAGUUUCACUUGUUUUGUGAGGGAAGCAAUAUUGAGAUUAUUCACACAACUCCUUAUUGGCCGCAGGCCAAUGGGGAAGUGGAAAAUCUAAACAGAUCAAUCUUAAAACGGUUGAAAAUAAGCCACGUCAAGAAAAUCGGGGAUACAGUUUUUCAACAGCCUGCCGCCGUAUCACCUACCUCGAAUCCGGAGACGUCCAACAAAUCGAAACGUUUACAGGAUUUGGAGGACGGUUCGACUAACACAGAAGAUAGCACGUCCCUCGAGCCAUCUGAGACCCAUAUUGAAUUUCAUGCAAUUCAGUUCAUAACUAACGGAGAUCGGACACUUCAGGCCACCAUCAGGCAGCUGCUCUAA